GUCGCGGCUGCUCUUCCUGGUUCCCAGAGGCCCAGACUCGGACAGAGGAGCCGGCGCAAGCUCCGUGCGCAUGUGCGCUUCCUGCUCACGCAGCCAACAUGGCUCCAGUGGAGCACGUUGUGGCGGACGCUGGGGCUUUCCUGCGGGAUGCGGCUCUGCAGGACAUCGGGAAGAACAUUUACACUAUCCGGGAGGUGGUCACUGAGAUUCGGGACAAGGCCACACGCAGGCGGCUCGCUGUCCUGCCCUACGAGCUGCGGUUCAAGGAGCCCUUACCGGAAUACGUGCGGCUGGAUGGAAAUCUGUUGUUUACAGUGACUGAGUUUUCAAAGAAAACAGGAGACUACCCCAGCCUGUCUGCCACAGACAUCCAAGUGCUUGCGCUCACAUACCAGUUGGAAGCAGAGUUUGUUGGAGUGUCUCACCUAAAACAGGAACCACAGAAGGUUAAAGUGAGCUCAUCGAUUCAGCACCCAGAAACACCUCUGCACAUUUCUGGUUUCCAUCUGCCCUCCAAGCCUAAACCCCCACAAGAAACAGAGAAAGGUCACCCAGCUUGUGAGCCUGAGAACCUGGAAUUUAGUUCCUUCAUGUUCUGGAGAAACCCUCUGCCCAGCAUCGAUCAUGAACUGCAGGAGCUGCUGAUUGACAGAAGUGAGGAUGUUCCAAGUGAGGAGGAGGAGGAGGAAGAAAACGGGUCUGAAGACAGAAAAGAUGACAGCGAUGACGACGGGGGUGGCUGGAUAACCCCCAAUAACAUCAAGCAGAUCCAGCAGGAGCUGGAGCAAUGUGACGUCCCCAAGGACGUGCGGGUUGGCUGCGUGACCACAGACUUCGCCAUGCAGAAUGUUCUGCUGCAGAUGGGGUUGCACGUGCUGGCGGUGAACGGCAUGCUGAUUCGCGAGGCCCGGAGCUACAUCUUGCGCUGCCACGGCUGUUUCAAGACAACGUCUGACAUGAGCCGAGUGUUCUGUUCUCACUGUGGGAACAAGACCCUGAAGAAAGUGUCCGUGACCGUCAGUGACGACGGCGCCCUGCACAUGCACUUCUCCCGCAACCCCAAGGUGCUGAACCCCCGCGGCCUCCGGUACUCGCUUCCCACUCCCAAAGGGGGCAAAUACGCCGUCAACCCCCACCUCACCGAGGAUCAGCGCUUCCCUCAGCUGCGACUCUCCCGGAAGGCCAGGCAGAAAACCAACGUGUUCGCCCCUGACUACAUCGCCGGGGUGUCGCCCUUUGUGGAGAACGACAUCUCCAGCCGCUCAGCUACCCUGCAGGUCCGGGACGGCACCUUGGGAGCUGGGCGGAGACGCUUAAAUCCCAACGCUUCCAGAAAGAAGUUUGUGAAGAAAAGGUGAAGUGCGAGUUCCCACAGGCAAACUGGAUGGUGUUCUGGCCACUGUGGAGUUGCGGUGUCCCAUUUCCCCAGCCGUGUCAUCUCCAGGACCACCCGAUGGAAAUAACAGGUGGGCUUCGCGGUGCCGCUCUGCCCGGCCGUGCCCUGCUGGGUCUGCAGGGAACUGGGCUGUCCCAUGGCCUGUGAGCAUCUGGAGCACCUGGCUGCCUGCCAAGGAAAGGGAAUUGGAUAAAAACAAAGAACAGUGCCCUGGAGCCAGUCUUCAAGAAAGGAAUUUCCAAAGGAUAAUAUUUUUCUAGUAAAUGCGGCUGCAAGGUCCUGUGCAUUUUUAUUAAAUAGGCCAAAUUUUUGCUGCUUAGGUCGUCUCAAGGCUGACACUUGAGCUGUGUGCCCAGAGAUCAUGCAUUUAGAUUUAUCUUUUUGCCAGAAAAUACAACGUUAUAAUAAAACUAAGAACUACCA